AUGGGUUCAUUGGGUUCAUUGGUUUCUUGUGAUCAAGAAGAAAUGUUAGUUCAAAAUGUUUGUGAGAUCUAUGACAACCUAUCAACCUUACAAAGCCUCAAACCUUCAAAAGAUGUUGACACUCUUUUCACUCGACUAGUCCUAACUUGUAUGCCACCAUCUCCAAUUGAUGUAACCAAAUUAUCAGGAAAACUUCAAGGAAUCCGUUCCAAACUCAUUCGUGUCUGUGGAGAAGCCGAAGGUCUUUUAGAAUCUCACUUCUCUGCCCUGUUGGGUUCUUACGAUAUCCCACUUGAUCAUAUUAGCAUGUUUCCGUACUACACCAAUUACAUCAAACUUGGCCGUCUUGAAAACACUAUAAUGAGCAAUUAUAUCACAAAUCCAAACCCAAGUGACAUUGCUUUCAUCGGAUCCGGACCCCUCCCUCUCACAUCGAUAGUAUUGGCUUCAACCCACCUGAAAACCACUACGUUUCACAAUUAUGAUAUCGACCGAUCAGCCAAUGCUUUGGCUUCUAACUUGGUCGCUGCAGAUCCUGACUUGUCAAAGCGAAUGCUAUUUCAUGAUACCGAUAUUAUGAAAGUUUCGACUGGUUUAAGCGACUACGAAGUUGUAUUCUUAGCGGCUUUAGUUGGUUUGAACAAAGAAGAUAAACGCAAAGUUAUUGAUCAUCUAGCUAAAUACAUGGCACCAGGGUCCUUAUUAAUGUUGAGGAGUGCUCACGGUGCUCGUGGAUUUCUAUACCCAAUUGUUGAGCCUAGUGCUUUACCAGGUUUCGAGGCUCUUGCGGUUUUUCAUCCGAUGGACGAUGUGAUAAAUUCAGUGAUUGUUGCGGUUCUAUAAUAAUGCAGAUUAUGAAAAAUAAGAAGCUAACAACAGAAAAAGAAGGAUUGAAGACAUAACCUUCUUCAAAUACACUACGCACGCACCCGUAUAAUAUAUGAACAAGAGAUAUCCAGAUUUCUUAUAUAUAUACUAUAGUACUAAUCAUACUUACAGUACAUGAAAAUAUUAGUACAGACCUCAUGAAAAACCUCAAGUAUUAAUGACCGAUACUCACCCGAAUUCAUCGAUAUAUAACAGUUCAGUAACUUACGUAAAUCUCUUGUCUCUUCGAUUUGAUUCGACAUAAUAACCUCAAUCAUUGACUCUCUAAAAUCCUCCCUAGGAUCAUAUGAAUAUUUAUCCAAGGCUACCAUUACAACAGACUUAGUACUAUAAAUAUUGAGUCUU